AACGGAGUAAAGAAAGAAUCCAUUCAAACCUAAAAGCCCAAAACAAACAGCCCAAUUCAUCUCUGAGAUGCCCUCCCUCAAACUCCCCGGGGUAGCAGACCUUCAACUGCCGCCGGAAAAUUCAUCAGAGGCAGUCAGAGAUGGAGUUUGAGAAGAGAAAGAAAGCCACCUUAGCCACCAUGAGUUCGCCGGAGCCGGAUAAAUCACCAAAAGGAGACAUAGACACACCCAUAAUCCCACUCCUCAAAACUCUCAAUUCUCACCCAUCUUACUUCACCACCAGUUCUUGCUCCGGCCGCAUCUCCAUCCUCUCAACCCCCACCACCACCACGACCACCGUCAAGAAAAAAGCCAAAGGUGGCAACUGGGUGUUCAUCACCCAUGAACCAGCUGACCCUAACUCGGUCCAAAAUCUCAUCUUUCCCCCAAACUCCACCACCGAUUCACUUCAAUCCGACAACCCAGAAAAUCUAGUUUUCAGAUUCGAACCUUUGAUCAUCGCUGUUGAAUGUAAAGACGUUCUUUCUGCUCAAAAGCUAGUGUCUUUAGCUAUUUCUUGUGGGUUUAGGGAAUCAGGGAUUACAAAUGUGAACAGUAAGCGAGUUAUUGUUGCAAUUCGAUGUUCGAUUAGAUUAGAAGUGCCAUUAGGGGAUACCCAUAAGAUAAUGGUGUCAAAGGAGUAUUUGACUUACCUUGUUGGGAUUGCUAAUGAGAAAAUGGAAGCUAAUAGGAAAAGAGGUGAUGGUUUUCAUGAUGCAUUGUUGAAGAAUGAGUUAAUCAUGCGACCAGAGAAUACUGUAACCGGUGAUUAUGAAUUUUUAAACAUGAAUCAAGAUUUGGGUGAUAAAGAUUUCUCAAUGAUUAAUGGUGGAGUGGAUGAUUUUCAACUAACAAAGGAAAUUAAAGAUGACGCAAGUAAUGAUGAUUUGGCAGGGUUUACUCUUCCUAUAAAGCCAAUGAUUAUCACUGGUGAGCCAAUUGAGAAGCUUCAUCUUUGGGGUCAUUCAGCCAUUACACUUGACACCACAAAAAACCCUAAAUCGGUUCUUGUUUUUGGUGGUUUUGGAGGCAUGGGAAGACAUGCACGAAGAAAAGACACAUGGAUUUUAGAUUCAGUGUCUGGUCAACUACAAUUGGUUGACUAUGGAAGCACUCCAUCCACACGUUUGGGUCACACUGCUUCUUUAGUAGGAGAGCUUAUGUUUGUUAUUGGUGGUAGAGGUGAUCCUGGGAAUGUGUUAAAUGAUGUUUGGGUGCUUAAUACAAUGAAUUAUGAAUGGAUGGAAUUACAAUGUAAUGGAAUUGACUUUCCUCAAAGUCAUCGGCAUGCAACAGCAGUUAUCGGGUCAAGCCUCUAUGUUUUUGGUGGGAUCCACAAUGGAAACAUCUCUUCAUCAAUGUAUAAGCUUGAUACACACACCAUGACUUGGGAAGAAGUUAAUGUUCAAGGGGCAAAACCGUCCGCUCGCCAUUCCCACACAAUGGUAGCCUACAAUUCUCAACUAUUUAUGUUUGGAGGAUAUGAUGGGGUAAAAGCACUAGGAGAUUUUUACACUUUUGACAUUCAUUCAUCCACUUGGAGAAAAGAAAAGGUGGUAGGAAGUACACCUUACGCCCGAUUUUCCCACACGAUGUUUGUGUAUAAAAACUACAUCGGUGUCAUGGGAGGGUGUCCUAUAAGACAACAUUACCAAGAAUUAUCAAUAUUUGAAGUGGAUAAAAGUCUUUGGAAACGUAUCAAGUUGAAUUCGAUUGGUGAAGACCUUUUUGUUCGUUCCACAACAAGUAUUGUUGGUGAUGAUCUUGUUAUUGUUGGUGGUGGUGCUUCUUGUUAUGCAUUUGGAACCAAGUUUAGUGAACCCAUUAGGAUCAACUUGCUUCCCUUACUUUCUUGUGACACAAAAGAUACCCGAAUUGAAAAGAUAUCAAAUGGGGUUUUGGAUUUGAAUCUUGAGGGUAUAUAUGGAAAAAAGAUUGUUCCUUUACGAUGGGUUUUGCGAGUUGAUAAAAGGCAUGCGAAACCCACGAAGGACAUUUUGAAAAAGUUUGGAUGGUUGGAUUUGGAGAGAAAAGUCUACACACAAGAAAGUGGAGUUUAUGUUUGCUUCCCAAUCACCAAAGAGUUUGUAGCAAUCUACCAAGAUAAGAAACCAAGGUUAAAUGAAGGGGUAGAUGAGGUAAAUGACCUUAAUUUGCAAGAAAAUUUUAAGGUUAUAUCGUGUGAAAGAGCUUUGGAUCUUUUGGUUGCUUUUGGUGGAACUACACAUGCUGAUCAUGUUGUCAAAGUUAGAAAAGCUUCAAGUUCUCCAUUGAAAGUAAUGAAAGAAGUUGUUGCUUCGUUGUUGAAUCAUCAUAAUCUUCCUUUGACACUCUUGGAAGAGCUACCCACAAGAUGGGAGCGAUUAGGGGACAUUGUUGUGCUUCCCAUAACUUCUUUCAAAGACUCAAUAUGGGACACUUUGGGGAAGGAGCUUUGGCUGAGUGUUGCUGAAUCACUUGGUGCUAGUCGCCUUGCUAGACAAGGCAGGGUUUCACCUACGGGAACAAGAGAUAGUGGAUUGGAGAUUCUUGUUGGGGUCAACGGAUGGGUUGACCAUUGUGAAAAUGGAGUUAUUUAUUCGUUUGAUGCUACGAAAUGCAUGUUUUCAUGGGGUAAUCUUUCAGAAAAGCUUAGAAUGGGGAAACUUGAUUGUAAAGAGGAAGUUAUUGUAGACUUGUUCACAGGAAUUGGAUACUUCACAUUGCCUUUCCUUGUCAAGGCUAAUGCAAAAAUGGUGUAUGCAUGUGAAUGGAAUCCACAUGCUAUUGAGGCUUUGAAGCAUAAUCUUGAAGCAAAUGGUGUGGCUGAUCGUUGUAUUGUUCUUGAAGGAGAUAAUCGUGUCACAGCACCUAAAGGAGUUGCGGAUCGAGUCAAUCUUGGUCUGCUUCCAUCGAGCGAGGGUAGUUGGGAAACUGCUGUAAGGGCAUUAAGGAGCAAUGGUGGCAUGAUGCAUGUGCAUGGCAACGUGAAGGACACUGAAGAAGAAUCAUGGACACAACACGUGUCAAAAUCCAUUAAAGAAAUUUCAAGAUCCCAAGGUUACAAUUGGGAUGUAUUUGUAGAACAUGUAGAGAGAGUAAAAUGGUAUGCACCUCACAUUCGUCAUCUUGUGGUAGACAUAAGAUGCAAACAAAUAGAAUCAUAAGAUCAAGAAACCUUUACAUUUGGGAGCUAUAAAAUCAAGGGCAUAUUGGUCAUUUUGCUAGUUUGCAAAGAUUUUGGGAUCAAGAAGGUAAAACAUGAUUUGUGUGUUUGUGGUUGUUCUCGUGAGUUAUUGAUAGUGAAUGGUAUAGUUUAAACAAGAGGUGAAUGUAUUGAAAAUGUAUAAUUGAAAAAUAGUCUUGGACCAUUUAAUUUAUAAAUGUUCAAUUUGAUUGUGUCGA